AUGGCUCCUCUCUCGCUCGGACUUUUUUUCUUUCUCUCGGUUCUUCUCAAAUCGUGGACGCGCGCGGAGCAGACGAGCGCGUUCACGCGGGUUUACGUGGUUCAGCCCGGGCACGCGCACGGGGACGCGCUCCGGGUCAGUACCAUCGCCACGCACGCGCACAGCCGCACGCGCAGGAUGGGCACUCAACAGACGCACAAGCACGUGCUCAAGACGUCAGGGGUGAAUGUCUGUGGAGGUCAAUGCUGUCACGGCUGGAGCGCGACUCAGGGCUCCAACAGGUGCAUCACACCCAACUGUUUCCCUCGGUGUCAGAACGGAGGGAUGUGUCUGAGGCCUCAGCUCUGCGUCUGUAAACCCGGGUCCCAGGGCCAGUCCUGCCAAGUACAGACCCAAGACCAAGGUCCGGACCAGACCCGGAACCAAGAUCCAGACCAGACCCAAGUCCACUCCAACAAAGUCCAAACGGAAGUCCAGACUCCUGUGGUCCCACAAAGACCCAUCCCACAACAGGUCCUCCCCCAUGGACUGGUCCAAAGCCAGACCCAGGUCCAGACCCAGGUCCAAACCCGAGUCCAAACCCGGGUCCAGACCGGAUCUGGACCCAUGAAGAUCUCUAUGAAGCCGCAGUACGUUCAGCACCAGAUUCGCUCCACUCCAAUGUUCCCAGGACAGUUCCUCCUGAAGCCAAAGUACUACCACAGCAGCCCCUCCUCCCCCUCCCACACCCCUGGCCUCCCCAGCGGGCACCCGGACAGAGCCAUCCCCCUCUCCGUCGCUCCACACUACGGGGGGAACCAGAGCGGCAGGAUAAAGGUGGUCUUCACUCCGACCAUCUGUAAGAUGAGCUGUGUGGGCGGAGCCUGCAGAAACACCUGUCGCCAAGGCAACACCACCACCAUCAUCAGCCAGAAUGGGCACGCCACAGACACACUCACCGCCCCCAACUUUAGAGUGGUUGUGUGCCACCUGCCCUGUAUGAACGGAGGUAAAUGCAGCUCUCGGGACAAGUGCCAGUGUCCGGUCAGUUUCACCGGGAAGUUCUGCCAGCUGCCCUCUCACACAGGGGACCAGGUGCAGUACCAGAGGGGCACCACAGGGGGCGCAGGAGGACAGGUCCACUCCACACACACACUGCCCCUGUCCUACAACGGCCACACACCAGUUCAGAAUCCGUCACUGGUGAACGUCCACAUCAAACACCCUCCAGAAGCGUCGGUCCAGGUGCACCAGGUGUCCCAGCUGGAUCACUAUAGCCACACCCCUUCCUCACAUGGCCACGCCCCCUCAUAUCCAGGCUCCUCCCACUCGUAUUCCUACAGUUAUAAAGUCCCAGUGUCCAAGAACAGCCUGGGACGCUGCUUCCAGGAGACCACAGGGACACAGUGUGGAAAGCUGCUCCCUGGUUUGUCGAAGCAGGAGCAGUGCUGUAACUCCAUCGGGACGUCCUGGGGUUUCCACCAGUGCAGCCAGUGCCCCAACAAACCAUCAAUUCCUCUGAUCGAGUGUCCUCCAGGAUACAGACGCAUCAACACCUCCCACUGCCACGAUGUGGACGAGUGCAGGGUUCCUGGUAUCUGUCCACAUGGUGCCUGUGUGAACUCGGUGGGGAGUUUCCGGUGUUCCUGUGACCUGGGCUUCAUGUCUGACCCGAGCCUCACCUUAUGUCUACCCGGUCGCCCCGCCCCCCCUGUGCCCCUCCCAGUGGCCCCCCAGGAGAAGGGCCCCUGUUUCCGCCUGCUGGGGGCCGGGCGUCAGUGUCUUCACCCGGUGCCCAGUCCCCUCAGUCAGGCCCUGUGCUGCUGCAGCGUCGGCAAGGCCUGGGGGCCCCAGUGCGAGCGCUGCCCCUCCCCCGGCACAGCUAAGUUCAAGGAGAUCUGUCCUGGGGGAAUGGGGUACACUGUACUCCCGAACCCGGCCCACAGACCUAUGGACCCCCAGGAGCCUGUGCAGAGACCUGUGUACCCCCAAGAGACUGUGCAGAGACCCGUGGACCCGCAAGAGCCUGUGCAGAGACCCGUGGACCCUCAGGAGCCCCCAGUCCCACUGCCCACCCCCGAGAGACCGGUGGAGGCCUUUGGUUUCAGUGAGGAUCCCCGGCCAGAGGUGAUCGAGAAAACAUCUCCUCCAGCUCCAGUAGAGAUUCUGCCGACGAACGCAGGACAAGACCUGGCCCCCACACAGUCUGCAGAUGUGGACGAGUGUCUCAUCAGUCCGUUCCUCUGUGGACCAGGAGUCUGCUACAACACAGUCCAGGGCUUCAGUUGCCACUGUCCCCAGGGGUACGAGGAGGAGGAGGAGAGCAGGAGCUGUACUGAUGUGGACGAGUGCCUGCAGGACCCCCUCCUGUGCUCCGGAGGGCGCUGCACCAACACCGAGGGCAGCUUCUGGUGCCAGUGUCCGAGUGGCUUCACCGUGGAUCAGGAUGGUACCAGCUGCGUCGAUGUGGACGAGUGCCAGGACAGAACCAUUUGUGCCUCUGGAAUCUGCUCCAACUCUCCAGGAAGCUUCAGCUGUGGCUCCUGUCCCCCAGGAUACGAGGCCCGAGGGGGGGGCUGUGCAGAUGUGGAUGAGUGUGCAGAUUCCUCUGUGUGCACUAGGGGGCACUGUGUGAACACUGACGGCUCCUUCAGCUGCGAUUGUGGCCCAGGGUUCAGGCUGUCGCCGACCGGUCACCAGUGCGACGACGUGGAUGAGUGUGUGUCGGCCCCGGGCCCCUGUGGUUCUGUGGGGGACUGUGUGAACUCUGUGGGCUCCUACUCCUGUCUCUGUACCAGUGGCUUCAGGGAAGGACUGGACCAGAGGAACCAGACCAGCUGCACUGAUGUGGACGAGUGCUCCGACCCAGACCUCUGCUCUCCUCACGGGGACUGUAUGAACACUGACGGCUCUUAUGUGUGUGUGUGCGACAGCGGCUUCACCCCGAGCUCCCACCCAAGCACCUGUGAAGACAUAGAUGAAUGUUCCCUGAACGACACUCUCUGUGGACCUCAUGGUUUCUGUGAGAACAGAGUGGGAUCCUACAGGUGUCUGUGUGACCAGGGAUACCAGGAAGGACCCCAUGGUCACAGCUGCACUGAUGUGGAUGAGUGCUCUCUCCUGGCCUCUGUCUGUGGAGCUGCUGUCUGUCUGAACGUGGAAGGAUCCUUCACUUGCGUUUGUCCCGCGGGUCAAAUGUACAACGUGAUGAUCGCCCAGUGUGAGCCCGCCCCCACAGUGACCUCGGUGCAGAGAAAGGAGUGUUACUUUCGUCUGAAUGAGGAGACUCUGUGUGAGAGCGUGCUGACGUCUGCAGUGACUCUGGCAGAGUGCUGCUGUACACUGGGGGCAGGCUGGGGGGACAACUGUGAGGUGCACCCCUGUCCUGUCAACGGCACAGAUCAGUUUGAGCAGAUGUGUCCUUCAGGACGAGGCUACGUUCCAGUGGGAGACUCUCUGUACGGAGUCCAGACCAGGACGGUGUACAGAGAUGCAGAUGAGUGUGUGCUGUUCGGUCAGGAGGUUUGUAAAGGAGGAUUUUGUCAGAACACUGAAGGAAACUUCGAGUGCUACUGUAAGAGCGGCCAGGACUACGACCCCGAGCUCCUGGAGUGUAGAGACAUAGAUGAGUGUGAGGACGAGGCGUUCUGCUCUGGGGGACAGUGUCUGAACACAGACGGAUCCUUCAUGUGUUUUUGCACCCUCCCUUUAAUCUGGGACCAGACACAAAACACAUGUGUCCUACUGUCAGACAACUCCGAUGGUGAGUCAGAGGAGGAGUUCCAGGGCGUGUGUUGGCAGGUGGUGACUGAGGGGAUCUGCUCUGAGCCUUUGGGUCCUGACCGGAGGACCACCUUCACAGAGUGCUGCUGUCUCUAUGGGGGGGGCUGGGGGCCGGACUGUGCCCUGUGCCCCCCCCCACACUCAGAGGACUAUGCACAAAUGUGUAACCUCCCGCUCUCGCGGCGAGCGUUUGGCAGAGACGCUCUGGAGGCGACGGUUUACUACGACUACGACCAACCCGCAGCUGCCUCUGAGGCGCUGCAGUCGGACGAGUGUGGAGUCCUAAACGGAUGUGAAAAUGGCCGUUGUGUCAGAGUCCAGGAGGGGUUUACCUGCAGGUGCUACGGGGGCUUCAGGCUGGAGCUGCACCGCAUGGUCUGUGUGGAUGAGGAUGAGUGUGCGGAGGCCGUGUGCACCAAUGCGCGCUGCGUGAAUACGUUGGGAUCGUUUCACUGCGAGUGUCUGCCGGGGUUUAGACCAGCUGCACCGCACCAGUGUGUCAAGGAAAAAGAGUACCAGGAGAGAUUGCACCAGGAGAGGCCGCACCAGGAGGGACUGCACCAGGAGAGACCGCACCAGGAGAGACCGCACCAGCAGAGAGCACAGAGGCACCGGCACAGAGCAGCCGCGCACUGA